CAAAAUAAUAAGCGUAAAUGAAAUUUUACUUUGUUUUCUUUUUAAUUUGAAAAUGACACGAAUUUAUAAUUUUAGCUCAUAAUACCUUAGUGUUUGUAAACGUCAAAAAAUGAUUGGCAAAAUUGUAAUUUUGUAUUUUAUAGCAACAGCAUUGGGCAGACUUAUAAUAAGACAUAGACACCCCAUGGAAAGAAUUUCGAACAAUCGAAGAGAAGAUCCGAUCGAGAAAGUACCAAAGGACGUGUUUGAAUUUCUGGCCAACGGACCCUCGUUAAGAGGUGGGGAGGAUUUUAUAAAACUACCGAAAGAUGUCUUUGAAAAAUGGCUUGCGAAAAACCAGGAAGCUCAACCCACAAACGAUAGUCCAUUGGGUGAUAUACAAUCUCAAACAGACGUUCCUACAGACAAUCUUGACGCGAUAACAAUCCUUGGCGAUUACAACAAUACUGACGAUAAAACUAUUAAUGUUACUCCAGAAGUUAAUAACGAUUUGAUUAAAAAAGUUAUCGCACUUAAAAAAGAAGAAACGAAUCGUAACAAAAACGAUUACAAUAAGAUCAAUGUUAAACAGAACAACCAUAGUAAUCAUGGAAGCGAGACAGCUGUAAAACAAAAACUAAUGCAGCUUAUAAAGAACACGAAAUCUUCAAUAGACAAGAAGACUGAACCGAUACAGGCUAUCCAUGACGCUCAUAAGCAAAAUAGGGUGUAUAAGAUUGGAUAUUUAGUGAGUAACAUAAAUAGAACUCAAGAUAGCCUGAAAGAGUUUUAUAAUCAUGUGGAGAAGAAUAUCAGGCAGUGGGAUGUUCUGAGAGCUUUGAAUGCAUACGAUCAGGUUAAAACAGCAGACGAGUUUCUCUCCAAAGCAUUGUAUAUACUGAACAUGGUCGGCGCCUCAACCUUCGCCAGAUCACUGAACGCUAACCCAGAGUCAACCACGUCUACCAGCACGGCUAAUGAUGGUGACGUCACAGACAGACUGGCUUGGUCUUAUUACGAUGAUAACAUGUAGGAAAACGUUCAAUAAAAUCCACGCGCAUGGGCCCCUACCACAGAACAGAUAUACGAAACAACAGACGCUAUUGCGUGACGAUAAACGUGAAACUAAAUGAAGCAUUUUACAGGUUAUAAUCUAAGAGUUACAACGAAAAUUAUGUCUCACUUUUGGACUAUAGUCUGUCAAGAAAUUAAAGAUAUUAAAUGAGAUAAAAUUAUUUAUAUAAAUUUGUAUACAAUUUUUAUGGCUAAAUAUGCUUGUUCACCUUUAAAUACAAUGUACCAGCCAUGUAUAUCAAAUUGUACCCUAUUUAAGGCAAAUAUAUAAUUUUUGAUUUUGAGGGCGCUCUGUCCUCUUACCAGGCAACACUUGGUAUAAAAAUUGCGAAAAAAUGUGUUUUACAAAAAACUCUAUCCUUUUUUAGACUGACUAAGUAUUUUACAAAAAAAACUAUCUUUUUUUCGACAGACUAGUCUGUGACUAAAGUGAAGAAAACCUAUUUUGACUAACAAAAUUUUUUUGCGAUUGCAACACAAAAUAGAAUCGUCAAGAUUGCUUGAUAAACACCCGUGUUGCCAGCCGACCGGAGACAGCGCCCUCACUUAAUUUGUUCACUUUCUUGACAGACUGUAUACUUUUAGUUGAAAUUCAUUUUAGUUUUUGUAGAUUUAAAUAUUAAUUAAAUGGUUAUAAGUUGUAUUUUAGGAAAAAUAUUUAUCAAUGAAGAGCUAGGCUCCAUAGUCCUUUGUUGCGUUGACUUCCGUCGAUGGAGCAACGUAGAAAUUGUAUGGAAUUUUGACAUACGUCAACACGAGCGGCACAGAAACACUUUUAUACCAAUGGUAUACAGAAAAGUAGUAAAAUAUACAGGGUUGCUGGUAUCAAACGCAAAGCCUCCUAAAGACUACUUACUAACAAAACAAGCAACUUUUAUUCUACGACUUUUCGUGAUUCCUAGUGUUUUUUUUUUUUCAUAUAAAAAAAAUACAAUUUAAUUUGCGAUUCUACACAUGUUAACUCUAUGUAAUAGCCAAGCAACACGAGACAGUGCAGUAGCGUUAUGUAGCGGAAUCGAACAUAGAGUUAACGUUUUAUAGAAAUUACAUUAAAACUAAAAAGAUUUUUUAUUUAUUUAUUACGUUUAGACAAAAGUCGUGGAACAAAAGAUGUUAUGUCUCUAUGUACCUUAUACGCCUUUGGAAGGUUAUGCGUUAGAUACCAGUGAUCUUGUAUAAUACUUCCAGUAGUAGCGGCAAAUCGCUGCGUCGACGCAACAGAACACGACCGAGCAAUGUUACCGCGCUCUUACAUAAAUAAAAUCUCAUUUUCAUUAGGUAAGUAAUUUUAAUAUUACUGAUAAAAAUAUUAUUUGUUGCACAUUAUUUUAUUAACAUCCUCAAUAAAUAUAAAAUAAAAUAUUUACAAUCUA